AUGAGCUUAAGCCUUCGCUGGAUCACGUCUAAGGUGGAGUUCACCAACAUUGUUUGCACUGAUUUGGACCCAGAGUUCUGCCAAUUCGAGUACUGUCGACUGAAGUCUGUGAAUCGCACGUAUAAGUACUUUUCCGUGAAAGCGAUCAUGCAUAAAAAACCUAUUACGAAAACCGAAAUCGCUCCACUGGUGGUGUUCACGAAUGUCAAGUGCACUUCCUGGGACAAGGACUUUGAUGACUUUGAGUACUGCCACCUGAAGUCCCAGAAUCGGAGCUUUAAGUACUUGUCGCUGAAAGUUAAGCUGUACAAAGUUCCCAUAACGAAAGUGAUGGUUAAUUUUGCUUUGCUUAAGCGUUUCAAUGGCUACAAGCCCUUCCUCUACAACAUCACUGUCGAUGCCUGCAAACUCCUGAAGUACCCCAAGUCGAAUCCCGUUUUUGGGUUCUUUCACGGACUCUUUAAUAAGCACUCCAACAUGAACCACACUUGCCCCUAUGAUCAUGAUCUCAUUGUUGAUAAGCUCCCUACCACUUUUAUGAACCAGCAAAUGUCCGGCGUGCUCAACUUUCCCAAAGGCGACUACCAAUUCCACUCGGAUUGGCUUGCAUACGGAGUUAACAGGGCCACCGUGGACUUCUUUUACACACUUUCCUGA